UAGCUUAUAUGCCUUAUUAUAAGAGUCUUAGCACAGAUUGACAUCUUUGGCUUUCGUUGAACCAAAAUGACUCUUACAGGCCUGGUUUCGCUCGUGUUCGAUUUUAUUGGUCUUGUGCCGCACAAGAUCAAUCAGAAGCAGGCAAUUGCGAGUGAAUCAGCAGACCAAGCACCAAGGUUGAUUGAAAUUGAUUGGUGCUGCGUGUGCUUGUCAAGGUUGAAGGAGAAAGACGAUACGAAGGUUCUUCCUUGCUUUCACAGAUUCCAUAAACUUUGUGUUGAUAAAUGGCUUAAUAAGGGUCGCCACAAAACGUGUCCUCUGUGUCGUUUCUCAAUGGUAGCAGAAGAGAACAAGUCUCUUGCUUCUGCAGAAUUCACUGAGGAUAUGCUCGAUCCUGUUCAUAUGGAAUUUAUUUCGCCCCCUAACUUGUGCUAUUGGUGAACAAAAUUCGAUUCUUUGGGCGUGAUUUUAACGUGAUACAUUCACAUUCAGAAAAAAGUGAUAACAAAAAUUGACUAUGUAUGCAUGUGGUUCAUAUCGCUUUUUUUUUGGGGGGGGGGUGUCAAAGUGGUUCAUAUCACUUUAAUACACUUAUUAUCACUUUUUUUCUCUUUUUUGUAUAAUCAAACUCUUUGCGUGUGAUUUUAGGAUAAGUGAUAUUGUAUGCACUCAUGCAUCCAAAAAGAAAGAAUAAAAUAAUUCGUGGGGGUUACAUGUUAUUAUUGUACUUAAAAUUUCUU